AUGAGCUGCAGCUCACUCCGGCUGGAGAAACAGCUGACCUAUGAGACAUUUGUGGAGUGGACUCAUCCAAACAGGAUGAAAAAUACUGAGGUUGAUGUCAGGCUGCCUCGAUUCAAGAUGGAGGAGACAUAUGACCUGGAGAACGUCCUGACCAGCAUGGGCAUGGUGGACGCUUUUGAUGUCAUGAAGAGCGACUUCUCUGGAAUGUCUGAGACCAAAGAGUUGGUGCUGUCAAAAGUCACCCACAAGGCUUUUGUGGAGGUGAAUGAGGCAGGAACUGAGGCAGCUGCUGUUUCAAACAAUGAUCUGGUAGAGAGCCACGUUUAUCCACGUUUCACUGCAGAUCACCCCUUCCUGUUCUUCAUCAGACAUAACAGCACUAUGAGCAUCCUCUUUGCUGGCCGGUUCUGCUCCCCCUGA